UAUUGCUUUUUGAAAUUUCAACGACAAACUAAAUUCAUAUUACAAGGACACCAUUUAUUUUAGAUACUGCUCCAAUCUUUUUUUUUAAAAAAAGCUUCUCUUUUGGAAAUGAUUGCCAAGCUCUACCUUAUUCCAAAGUCUCAACACAAAAUGAUUAUGCAGAAUGGUCUGCUUCCCUCUGGCUGCUCCCUAGUCCUUACGUACUUUUAGUCUUUCUUUUCAAAUAAUCUGCACUUCCCAUUUUUCUUGAAUCCUAAGCACAAUGGCUGAAUUUGUGUCGGCUAUUUGUUCAGUGGUUCAAUGUUUAACACCAUGUUUUAAUUCCUGGGCUGCACAUGCAAGGUACGUUUCUAAGUUUGAUGGUUAUCUUAACGAGUUGAGGAAUGCUUUAAGGGAUCUUGAAGCAAAAAGAAAUGAUGUGAAACACAAGGUUGAUGAUGAAGAACUCACUGGUAAGGUUCCGCUAGACGAAGUGAAAAGGUGGCUUUCAAAAUUCAACACCAUUAAAACAGAAACCGAUAGGCUGGUUGCUGAUGCUUCCGCUGAGCAACAAAGGCGGACAACAUCUGGGUGUUGUUGCAACAACAUCACUUCAACCUACCGUUGUGGCAAAAAGUUAUCCAAGAUGUUGAGGGAAGUUCAGCAACUCUAUUCUGAACAAUUUUCGCAAGGGUUAACUAGGCGAGGGACGAUUCCUGUGGUAGUAGAAGAACCUGUCCGGCAAACUGUUGGUCUUGACACAAAACUUGCUAGCACAUGGAGCCUUCUUAUGGACGAAGGUACCAGAAUGUUGGGUCUAUACGGUUUUGGGGGAGUAGGUAAAACUACCCUCCUCACUCUUAUAUCUAACAAGUUCGUUGAAGUCGAGGAUAAGUUUGAUGUUGUCAUUUGGGUUGACGUGUCUAAAGAUGUAGAUAUCUUGAAGAUUCAAGAUGAUAUCGGCAAAAGGUUAGGCCUCGAUGAUGAGAAAUGGUGCAAGGAAACGCAAAGGGGGAAAAGCCUUAAUAUAAGAAGGGUUCUAAAAGAAAAGAAACCCCGAUUUGUGCUGUUAUUUGAUGGCUUGUGGAAGGGAGUGAGUUUAUCAGCCAUUGGAAUUCCAUUGAGGGGGAAAGAAUACAAAAUCGUUUUUACGACUCGUCAGAAGGAUGUAUGCCAAAAGAUGGGGGGAAUUUACAGAAAAGUUGAAUGUUUGGCGGAGAAGGACGCAUUGGAUUUGUUAACACAAAUAUCAGGAAGAGACUCCUUAACUAGCGAGAUGCUUAGUCUCGCAGAAAAGAUUGCAAAAAAGUGUUAUGGCUUACCCCUUGCACUUCAAGUCAUUGGAAAGUGUCUGUCAUCUAAAACGACUGAAGAUGAAUGGCGUGGUGUACACGAGUAUUUGGUUCGUUUUCCAGAUCAAUUGGAAGGUAUGGUGGAUAUGUUUGGUGUUUUAAAACUAAGCUAUGAUAAUUUAGAAGAGGGGGAUGCACAGUCGUGUUUCCUGUACUGUGCUUUAUUUCCCAUGGCAUACAGUAUCCACCAAGAUGAGCUGGUCGAGUACUGGAUAGGUGAGGGUAUCAUAGAGGUAGGACGCAGAAGAGACAGAGCAAAGAAUCGAGGUGCUCAGAUAAUCGAUACACUUGUUAGGGCAGGUUUGCUGUUGAAGGAUGACGAGUCUAAUCCGAAAGUGUAUAUGCACAAUAUAAUCCGAGAGAUGGCGUUGUGGAUAGUAUCUGAAAUUAAGGAUGGACAAAUGUAUCUUGUUGAAACAGAUGCUGGGUUAAGGACACUGCCACCUAACACGGACUGGACAAUCGUGUCGAGGAUGUCUCUGAUGAACAAUGAUAUUCAGGACAUACCAGAUGAUCCUGAAUUUCCUGACCAAGCUCUUCUUAUGACUCUGUUCCUUCAAAACAACAAGCUGGUCGAGAUUGGUUGCAGAUUCUUUGUGGUCAUGUCGGCUCUGGUCGUUUUGGAUUUAUCUUUGAACCCCGAUAUCACCAAGUUGCCGGAUCAGAUUUCAGAAUUGGUUUCUUUGCGGUAUCUCAAAUUAUUCGGGACGAGGAUAAAGUUUUUACCGGAGGGUUUCAGCAAAUUGCUCAAACUGAUCCACUUGGAUUUGGAGCUUACAUCCAAUCUUCGUAGUAUCAGACAGAUUUCAGGACUACUAAAGUUGCAGGUUUUAAGAUUUUAUGGUUCCGCUGCUGCAUUAGAUGGCUCCCUACUGAAGAACUUGGAGCGUUUGAAGUCUUUACAAUUUUUGACCAUUACUGUGAGAGAAGUUGAUGUUUUGAAUGCUUUCCUAGGAAGCAAAGAAUUGCCAAGGUGUACACAAGGUCUUGAUCUUGGGGGUCUUGAAAUAUCAGGAGUAUCAGGAAAAUCAUUUGCAGCCACCUUUGGUGAGUUGGUUACUCUUUCUAAACUUCGAAUGACAGAUUGCGAUAUCAAAGAGUCAGAUAUAGAAUGGGAAGAAAACAUAAAGGUCCAAUGUUCAUCUCCAGUUCCAUCCAAUCAAAUCAUUCCAAGGACUAUAUGGUUCAAGAACCUCUCAGCUGUGGUACUACACUCAUGCUUAGGUCUAAAGGAUUUGACAUGGCUGAUGUAUGCUGCAAAUCUCGAGUCUCUAGAGGUCAAAACUUCACCUAAGAUGAAAGAAGUAAUAAGCCAACAGAAAGCUGGGGAUCUCGGGGUUGAGCCUUUUCAAAACCUACAAGUUCUUGAGUUGGGUUUUUUGAACGAACUGGAGAGCAUCUAUUGGACCUCACUCCUUUUUCCAAGACUGCAGAAUGUCACUAUAACAGAGUGCCCGAAGCUGCGUAAGCUUCCAUUAAAUUCCACGAGUGUAGAGAGAGUUGAUGCUCUUCGCAUAGAAGUGGAUGACGGAUGGUUAGUCGGAGUUGAAUGGGAGAAUGGAGCUGAAGAGCGGUUUCGUCUUGCCAUCCACACAGCUUCUAUUUCUUAACUUCAUCCGGUGCACGAGACAUGCAAGCCUGCACAAAAGACCUUGUGUGACAAGCAGACAUCAAUGCAUGCAAUUCAAUGUCCUCUCUUUGUUUUGUUCUUUUACGGUAAAACCUGACUCGAAGUCAUUUGUUCAUUAUCAAUGGGUGUGUCAAGAAACGUUUGUGUAUAAUGGUUUCUCUUAUCUCAUUCAUACUAGCAUAAAACCUGCACCUUGUGCAAGAUAAAUUUGUAUGAAAA